GAGUGCAUUGAAUAUUAUGCGGUUAUGAGUCAUUAGUUGACAGCUAACAUUUCAUGUGGAAAAUACAAUUGCUUUCACACUUGCAUAUAUGUUCUUUUACCUUUUUUUUUUCCUUUGUCUACUUCAUUCAUUAAGCUCUUCAAUUUUUAGUUCAUUAAGCUCUUCAAUUUUUAGAACUUCAACUCCUUUAGCUUCUGUGCUCUUCAGCUAUUUUUGUCUUCAUGGGUUGUUGCUUAAGUGCUAGAAUCAAAGCUGAAAGCCCUCCAAGAAAUGGUUUGAGUUCAAAGGAUGGUAGCAAAGAUAAUGGCUUGAGUGGUCGCACCACUCCCACUACCGGGCCUCCAACUCCUCGAACUGAGGGCGAGAUUUUGAAUUCUUCAAAUAUGAAGAGCUUCACCUUUAGUGAGCUGAAAAUUGCUACAAGAAAUUUUCGUCCCGAUAGUGUGGUUGGUGAAGGUGGAUUUGGAGCUGUAUUUAAAGGGUGGAUUGACGAGCACUCACUCGUACCGGUUAAACCUGGGACUGGAGUCGUUAUUGCUGUCAAGAGACUUAACCAAGAAGGUUUGCAAGGACAUAGUGAAUGGUUGACAGAAAUCAAUUACUUGGGACAGCUGCAUCAUCCUAAUCUUGUGAAAUUGAUUGGUUACUGCUUCGAAGAUGACCAACGGCUUUUGGUAUAUGAGUUCUUGACCAAGGGCAGUUUAGACAAUCAUUUAUUUAGGAGAGCUUCUUACUUUCAACCGCUUUCUUGGAGUAUCCGAAUGAAGAUUGCUCUUGAUGCUGCUAAGGGUCUUGCAUAUCUUCAUAGCGAUGAAGCAAAAGUGAUAUAUAGAGACUUCAAAACAUCAAAUAUAUUACUUGACUCGAAAUAUAAUGCAAAACUUUCCGAUUUUGGCUUGGCAAAGGACGGGCCUGCAGGCGAUAAUAGUCACGUCUCUACGAGAGUAAUGGGAACAUACGGCUAUGCGGCUCCCGAAUAUAUGGCCACAGGUCAUUUGACCAAAAAGAGUGAUGUAUACAGCUUCGGCGUUGUGCUCCUCGAAAUUAUGUCCGGAAAACGUACACUUGACAACAAUAGGCCAUCCGGGGAACAUAAUUUAAUUGAAUGGGCCAAACCUUACCUAAACAGCAAACGCCGUAUCUUCCAAGUUAUGGAUGCUCGCAUCGAAGGCCAAUACACGUUGCGUCAAGCAAUGAAAGUAGCUGACCUUGCGGUUCAAUGCUUGUCUGUCGAACCAAGAUUCAGACCAAAAAUGGACGAGGUCGUAAGGGCAUUGGAGGAACUUCAGGGUUCCGAUGAUACGAUCGAAGGAGCGGGAAGCUCUCGAGAUCGAAAUAUUAGAAGGAGUGUUCAUAGCUCAAGGAGCAAUGGUCCUAGACAACAUAGAAGUAAACAAAGUGAAACAAAACUAUGAAAAAUGAAUGAUAUAGCUAGCUAUAUGUUUCUGAUCUUGAGUUGUUUGUAUAUCAUGAUGAACUUAAUUAUGUGUCUUAUGAUAUCUGUGAUUGUUGUACAGAUUAUUAGUAAUAUUAUUAAAAUUUUCAUUUCUUC